CCCCUCUCUACUCCUCCUGUUUUUAAUACCCCCUCCUCCCCCCUCUUCUUUCCGUCACCUUACCCCGCCUCCACAUAAACCAUGUCUGUCGUCGGAAUAGAUUUCGGUGCCCAGAGCACCAAGAUCGGUGUUGCCCGUAACAAGGGUAUCGAUAUUAUCACCAAUGAAGUCUCCAACAGAUCUACUCCUUCCCUGGUCGGCUUCAACGCCAGAAGCAGAGCCAUCGGUGAGGCUGCCAAGACACAAGAGACCUCCAACCUCAAGAACACCGUCAGCAACCUGAAGCGCCUGAUCGGCCGCUCCUUCAGCGACCCCGAUGUCCAGCUCGAGCAGGAGUACAGCACCACCCAGCUCUGCGAGGUCAACGGCCAGGCCGGUGUUGAGGUCAGCUACCUCGGCAAGAAGGAGAAGUUCUCCGCCGUCCAGCUGGUCGCCAUGUACCUCACCAAGAUCCGCGACAUCACCUCCAAGGAGCUGAAGCUGCCCGUCUCCGAUGUCACCCUCAGUGUGCCCGCCUGGUUCACCGACGUCCAGCGCCGCGCCAUGAUUGACGCCGGUGAGAUCGCCGGCCUCAAGGUCCUGCGUCUGAUCAACGACACCACCGCCACCGCUCUCGGCUACGGUAUCACCAAGCUCGACCUGCCCGGUCCCGAGGAGAAGCCCCGUCGCGUCAUGUUCGUCGACAUUGGUCACAGUGACUACACCGCCUCCAUCGUCGAGUUCCGCAAGGGUGAGCUCAACGUCAAGGCCACCGCCUGCGACCGUCACUUCGGUGGUCGUAACUUCGACCGCGCUCUGACCGAGCAUUUCGCCGAUGAGUUCAAGGAGAAGUUCAAGAUCGACGUCCGCUCCCACCCCAAGGCCUGGUCCCGUACCCUGGCCGCCGCCGAGAAGAUGAAGAAGGUCCUGUCGGCCAACCCCGCUGCUCCCAUGAGCAUUGAGUCCCUGAUGGAGGACGUUGAUGUCCGCUCCAUCGUCAAGCGUGAGGAGCUGGAGAUCAUGGUCAAGCCCCUUCUGGACCGGAUCACCGUCCCCAUCGAGCAGGCUCUCGCUGAGGCUAAGCUCAAGGUCGAUGACAUCGACCACAUCGAGAUGGUCGGUGGCUGCACCCGUGUCCCCGCCAUCAAGGAUGCCAUCGCCAAGUUCUUCGGCAAGGGUCUGUCCUUCACUCUCAAUCAGGAUGAGGCCAUUGCCCGUGGUUGUGCCUUCAGCUGCGCCAUCCUCUCCCCCGUCUUCCGUGUCCGUGACUUCUCCGUGCACGACAUCGUCAACUACCCCAUCGAGUUCACCUGGGAGCAGUCCGCCGAUAUCCCCGACGAGGACACCAGCCUGACCGUUUUCAACCGCGGCAACGUCAUGCCUUCCACCAAGAUCCUCACCUUCUACCGCAAGCAGCCUUUCGACCUCGAGGCCCGCUACGCCAAGCCCGAGACCCUGCCUGGCAAGGUCAACCCCUGGGUGGGCCGCUUCUCCGUCAAGGGCGUCAAGGCCGAUGCCAACGACGACUUCAUGAUCUGCAAGCUCAAGGCUCGCCUGAACCUGCACGGUAUCCUGAACGUCGAGUCCGGAUACUACGUUGAGGACAUGGAGGUUGAGGAGCCUGUUGAGGAGGAGGGCGAGAUGGACACCGACGCCAAGGACGGUGAGCAGCCCAAGAAGACCCGCAAGGUCAAGAAGCAGGUCCGCAAGGGCGACCUGCCCAUCUCGACCGGCACCACCUCCAUGGACGAGACCGUCCUGAGCGCCUGGGCUGAGCGUGAGAACUCCAUGUACAUGGAGGAUAAGCUCAUCGCCGAGACCGACGAGAAGAAGAACGAGCUUGAGGCCAGCAUCUACGAGCUGCGUGACAAGAUCGACGGCAUCUACUCCGAGUUCGCCAACGAGGAGGAGAAGGACAAGCUGCGGGCCAAGCUGACUGACCUCGAGGACUGGCUCUACGAGGAGGGUGAGGACACCACCAAGUCGGUGUACGUCGCCAAGAUGGACGAGAUCCGCUUCGUUGCCGGCCCCAUCGUUCAGCGCUACCGCGAGAAGCAGGACGCCGAGCGUCAGGCCCAGGAGGAGGAGGCUGCCAAGCGCAAGGCUGAGGAGGACGCCAAGCGCAAGGCCGAGGAGGAGGCCAAGAAGGCCGAAGAGGAGGCUAAGAAGGCUGAGGAGAAGGCCGACACGGAGAUGAAGGAUGCCCCGGCUGAGGGCGAGAAGCCCGCCGAGUCUGCGCAGUAA